AUGACGGAUGCUUUAACAGCGCAACUAAGGGCCUCCACCCUAAAUGAUGCUCUUCAAAAUGAGGAUUGGAAGAACAAUCUUAACAUCCCUGCUCGUGAUAACAGACACCAAACUGAGGAUGUAACAAACACUAAAGGUCUAGAAUGGGAGAAUUUCAAUCUGAAACGAGAUCUAUUAAUGGGCAUCUUCGAAGCUGGCUUUGAGAAGCCUUCACCUAUCCAAGAAGAAUCCAUCCCGGUAGCCCUAACGGGACGAGAUAUCCUAGCAAGAGCCAAGAACGGUACCGGCAAGACAGCAGCUUUCGUCGUACCUGCUCUGGAACGGAUAAACCCUAAGGUCAACAAGAUUCAAUGUUUAAUACUGGUGCCUACAAGAGAACUUGCAAUGCAGACCUCCCAAGUCUGUAAGACCCUCGGCAAGCACCUCGGAAUCAACGUCAUGGUCACAACUGGUGGUACUACUCUCCGCGAUGAUAUCGUCCGUCUACAGGAUCCCGUCCACAUAGUAGUGGGCACUCCCGGCCGUAUUCUCGACUUAGCAGGCAAGAAUGUUGCUGAUCUUAGCGAAUGUCCCAUGUUCAUCAUGGACGAAGCCGACAAGCUACUCUCGAUCGAAUUCACCCCCGUCAUUGAGCAGCUGCUCCAGUUUCACCCUAAGGACCGUCAAAUCAUGCUCUUCUCCGCCACGUUUCCCCUGUCUGUCAAGGAUUUCUCUGAUAAGAACAUGGAUAGGCCUUACGAAAUCAACCUGAUGGACGAACUCACCCUGCGGGGUAUAACGCAAUACUACGCCUUUGUCGAAGAGAAGCAAAAGGUUCAUUGUUUGAACACCCUUUUCUCCAAGCUUCAGAUAAACCAGUCCAUCAUAUUCUGCAAUUCAACCAACCGUGUAGAACUGCUAGCCAAGAAGAUAACGGAACUUGGCUAUUCAUGCUUCUACAGUCACGCUAAGAUGGCGCAACAUGCGCGAAACCGAGUUUUCCACGACUUCCGCAAUGGUGUCUGCCGUAAUCUUGUCUGUUCUGACCUCCUGACUCGUGGUAUCGAUAUUCAGGCGGUGAACGUUGUUAUCAACUUUGAUUUCCCGAAGAAUGCUGAGACGUAUUUGCACCGUAUUGGACGGUCAGGCCGGUACGGCCAUCUUGGUCUGGCAAUCAAUUUGAUCAACUGGGACGACAGGUUCAAUCUAUACAAUAUCGAGAAGGAUCUAGGCACUGAGAUUCAGCCAAUCCCUGCUACCAUCGACAAGAGCCUCUAUGUCUAUGAUAACCCUGAGAGCAUCCCUCGCCCUAUCAACAUAUACACCCCGAAACCCGCACACUCUAGCGCUCAAUCCAACUCGGGCGAGUCUCUUUCACAGCAAUCCAAUAACGCUUCCUCCUCCCAAAAUAGAGGGCAAGGUUUCCAGAGCGGCCGUGGGGGUCAUUUCAACGACUCUCAAUCUUAUCAGUCCAAUCGUGGAGUAGGCCGUGGUGGUAGUCGCGGUGGUAACCGAGGUCGGGGACGCGGAUACAACUACAGUAGCCGUGGUGGUGGCCGAGGCGGCCAGAGUCAACAACCCCCGCAAUAA